AUGCAAGGUCUGGCAAUCUUGGGGCACCACUGGCAAGCGACUCUCGCCAAAUCGAAAGAGUUGGAACUUGGUGAAGAAUAUGGUGAACAGGAGCCAAGCACACGUUACGAGUUGACGAACAAAGUAAUUGGCAGGCCUGUUGACAAUACUGUAGCAAGCCUCUGGCAUCGGCGCAACCAUUCUGUAGCUGAAAAGUAUCCUGAAGUCAACUAG